UCCACUUUUCAAAAAGAGAAACUGUGUUGGGAGAGGAAUCGUAUCUCCAUAUUUCUUCUUUCAGCACCAAUCCAAGGGUUGUGGCUGGAACUUUCCAUCAGUUCUUCCUUUCUUUUUCCUCUCUAAGCCUUUGCCUUGCUCUGUCACAGUGAAGUCAGCCAGAGCAGGGCUGUUAAACUCUGUGAAAUUUGUCAUAAGGGUGUCAGGUAUUUCUUACUGGCUUCCAAAGAAACAUAGAUAAAGAAAUCUUUCCUGUGGCUUCCCUUGGCAGGCUGCAUUCAGAAGGUCUCUCAGUUGAAGAAAGAGCUUGGAGGACAACAGCACAACAGGAGAGUAAAAGAUGCCCCAGGGCUGAGGCCUCCACUCAGGCAGCCGCAUCUGGGGUCAAUCAUACUCACCUUGCCCGGGCCAUGCUCCAGCAAAAUCAAGCUGUUUUCUUUUGAAAGUUCAAACUCAUCAAGAUUAUGCUGCUCACUCUUAUCGUUCUGUUGCCAGUAGUUUCAAAAUUUAGUUUUGUUAGUCUCUCAGCACCGCAGCACUGGAGCUGUCCUGAAGGUACUCUUGCAGGAAAUGGGAAUUCUACUUGUGUGGUUUGGUCUCUUUCUUCCCACCCAGGUCCUGCACCCUUCUUAAUUUUCUCCCACGGAAAUAGUAUCUUUAGGAUUGACACAGAAGGAACCAAUUAUGAGCAAUUGGUGGUGGAUGCUGGUGUCUCAGUGAUCAUGGAUUUUCAUUAUAAUGAGAAAAGAAUCUAUUGGGUGGAUUUAGAAAGACAACUUUUGCAAAGAGUUUUUCUGAAUGGGUCAAGGCAAGAGAGAGUAUGUAAUAUAGAGAAAAAUGUUUCUGGAAUGGCAAUAAAUUGGAUAAAUGAAGAAGUUAUUUGGUCAAAUCAACAGGAAGGAAUCAUUACAGUAACAGAUAUGAAAGGAAAUAAUUCCCACGUUCUUUUAAGUGCUUUAAAAUAUCCUGCAAAUAUAGCAGUUGAUCCAGUAGAAAGGUUUAUAUUUUGGUCUUCAGAGGUGGCUGGAAGCCUUUAUAGAGCAGAUCUCGAUGGUGUGGGAGUGAAGGCUCUGUUGGAGACAUCAGAGAAAAUAACAGCUGUGUCAUUGGAUGUGCUUGAUAAGCGGCUGUUUUGGAUUCAGUACAACAGAGAAGGAAGCAAUUCUCUUAUUUGCUCCUGUGAUUAUGAUGGAGGUUCUGUCCACAUUAGUAAACAUCCAACACAGCACAAUUUGUUUGCAAUGUCCCUUUUUGGUGACCGUAUCUUCUAUUCAAUAUGGAAAAUGAAGACAAUUUGGAUAGCCAACAAACACACUGGAAAGGACAUGGUUAGAAUUAACCUCCAUUCACCAUUUGUACCACCUGGUGAACUGAAAGUAGUGCAUCCACUUGCACAACCCAAGGCAGAAGAUGACACUUGGGAGCCUGAGCAGAAACUUCGCAAAUUGAGGAAAGGAAACUGCAGCAGCACUGUGUGUGGGCAAGACCUCCAGUCACACUUGUGCACGUGUGCAGAGGGAUACGCCCUAAGUCGAGACCGGAAGUACUGUGAAGGUAAUGACCGGAAGUACUGUGAAGAUGUUAAUGAAUGCGCUUUUUGGAAUCAUGGCUGUACUCUUGGGUGUAAAAACACCCCUGGAUCCUAUUACUGCACAUGCCCUGUAGGAUUUGUUCUGCUUCCUGAUGGGAAACGAUGUCAUCAACUUGUUUCCUGUCCAAGCAAUGUGUCUGAAUGCAGCCAUGACUGUGUUCUGACAUCAGAAGGUCCCUUAUGUUUCUGUCCUGAAGGCUCGGUGCUUGAGAGAGAUGGGAAAACAUGUAGCGGUUGUUCCUCACCUGAUAAUGGUGGAUGUAGCCAGCUCUGCAUUCCUCUUAGCCCAGUAUCCUGGGAAUGUGAUUGCUUUCCUGGGUAUGACCUACAACUGGAUAAAAAAAGCUGUGCAGCUUCAGGACCACAACCAUUUUUGCUGUUUGCCAAUUCUCAAGAUAUUCGACACAUGCAUUUUGAUGGAACAGACUAUGGAACUCUGCUCAGCCAGCAGAUGGGAAUGGUUUAUGCCCUAGAUCAUGACCCUGUGGAAAAUAAGAUAUACUUUGCCCAUACAGCCCUGAAGUGGAUAGAGAGAGCUAAUAUGGAUGGUUCCCAGCGAGAAAGGCUUAUUGAGGAAGGAGUAGAUGUGCCAGAAGGUCUUGCUGUGGACUGGAUUGGCCGUAGAUUCUAUUGGACAGACAGAGGGAAAUCUCUGAUUGGAAGGAGUGAUUUAAAUGGGAAACGUUCCAAAAUAAUCACUAAGGAGAACAUCUCUCAACCACGAGGAAUUGCUGUUCAUCCAAUGGCCAAGAGAUUAUUCUGGACUGAUACAGGGAUUAAUCCACGAAUUGAAAGUUCUUCCCUCCAAGGCCUUGGCCGACUGGUUAUAGCCAGCUCUGAUCUAAUCUGGCCCAGUGGAAUAACGAUUGACUUCUUAACUGACAAGUUGUAUUGGUGCGAUGCCAAGCAGUCUGUGAUUGAAAUGGCCAAUCUGGAUGGUUCAAAACGCCGAAGACUUACCCAGAAUGAUGUAGGUCACCCAUUUGCUGUAGCAGUGUUUGAGGAUUAUGUGUGGUUCUCAGAUUGGGCUAUGCCAUCAGUAAUAAGAGUAAACAAGAGGACUGGCAAAGAUAGAGUACGUCUCCAAGGCAGCAUGCUGAAGCCCUCAUCACUGGUUGUGGUUCAUCCAUUGGCAAAACCAGGAGCAGAGCCCUGCUUAUAUCAAAACGGAGGCUGUGAACAUAUUUGCAAAAAGAGGCUUGGAACUGCUUGGUGUUCGUGUCGCGAAGGUUUUAUGAAAGCCUCAGAUGGGAAAACGUGUCUGGCUCUGGAUGGUCAUCAGCUGUUGGCAGGUGGUGAAGUUGAUCUAAAGAACCAAGUAACACCAUUGGACAUCUUGUCCCAGACUAGAGUGUCAGAAGAUAACAUUACAGAAUCUCAACACAUGCUAGUGGCUGAAAUCAUGGUGUCAGAUCAAGAUGACUGUGCUCCUGUGGGAUGCAGCACGUAUGCUCGGUGUAUUUCAGAGGGAGAGGAUGCCACAUGUCAGUGUUUGAAAGGAUUUGCUGGGGAUGGAAAACUAUGUUCUGAUAUAGAUGAAUGUGAGAUGGGUGUCCCAGUGUGCCCCCCUGCCUCCUCCAAGUGCAUCAACACCGAAGGUGGUUAUGUCUGCCGGUGCUCAGAAGGCUACCAAGGAGAUGGGAUUCACUGUCUCGAUAUUGAUGAGUGCCAACUGGGGGUGCACAGCUGUGGAGAGAAUGCCAGCUGCACAAAUACAGAGGGAGGCUAUACCUGCAUGUGUGCUGGACGCCUGUCUGAACCAGGACUGAUUUGCCCUGACUCUACUCCACCCCCUCACCUCAGGGAAGAUGACCACCACUAUUCCGUAAGAAAUAGUGACUCUGAAUGUCCCCUGUCCCACGAUGGGUACUGCCUCCAUGAUGGUGUGUGCAUGUAUAUUGAAGCAUUGGACAAGUAUGCAUGCAACUGUGUUGUUGGCUACAUCGGGGAGCGAUGUCAGUACCGAGACCUGAAGUGGUGGGAACUGCGCCACGCUGGCCACGGGCAGCAGCAGAAGGUCAUCGUGGUGGCUGUCUGCGUGGUGGUGCUUGUCGUGCUGCUCCUCCUGAGCCUGUGGGGGGCCCACUACUACAGGACUCAGAAGCUGCUAUCGAAAAACCCAAAGAAUCCUUAUGAGGAGUCGAGCAGAGACGUGAGGAGUCGCAGGCCUGCUGACACUGAGGAUGGGAUGUCCUCUUGCCCUCAACCUUGGUUUGUGGUUAUAAAAGAACACCAAGACCUCAAGAAUGGGGGUCAACCAGUGGCUGGUGAGGAUGGCCAGGCAGCAGAUGGUCAGUUUUUAUCCCUGGCUCCUGGGUCAAUGCAACCAACUUCAUGGAGGCAGGAGCCCCGGUUAUGUGGAAUGGGCACAGAGCAAGGCUGCUGGAUUCCAGUAUCCAGUGAUAAGGGCUCCUGUCCCCAGAAUUUUCCCUCUUGGUGUGAUUGCACAGAAUUUGUAUGUAUUUUCAGUUACAAGAUUGUAAGUAAAUUGCCUGAUUUAUUUUCAUUAUAGACAACGAUGAAUUUCUUCUAAUUAUUUAAAUAAAAUCACCAAAAACAUAAACAUUUUAUUGUAUGCCUGAUUAAGUAGUUAAUUAUAGUCUAAGGCAGUACUAGAGUUGAACCAAAAUGAUUUGUCAAGCUUGCUGAUGUUUCUGUUUUUCGUUUUUGUUUUUUUCCGGAGAGAGGAUAGGAUCUCACUCUGUUAUCCAGGCUGGAGUGUGCAAUGGCACAAUCAUAGCUCAGUGCAGCCUCAAACUCCUGGGCUCAAGCAAUCCUCCUGCCUCAGCCUCCCGAGUAACUAGGACCACAGGCACAGGCCACCAUGCCUGGCUAAGGUUUUUAUUUUUAUUUUUUGUAGACAUGGGGAUCACACAAUGUUGCCCAGGCUGGUCUUGAACUCCUGGCCUCAAGCAAGGUCGUGCUGGUAAUUUUUCAAAAUGAAUUGUGAUUGACUUUCAGCCUCCCAACGUAUUAGAUUAUAGGCAUUAGCCACGGUGCCCAGCCUUGUAACUCUUUAAAAAAUUUUUUUAAUCUACAACUCUGUAGAUUAAAAUUUCACAUGGUGUUCUAAUUAAAUAUUUUCCUUGCAGCCAAGAUAUUGUUACUACAGAUAACACAACCUGAUAUGGUAACUUUAAAUUUUGGGGGCUUUGAAUCAUUCAGUUUAUGCAUUAACUAGUCCCUUUGUUUAUCUUUCAUUUCUCAACCCCUUGUACUUUGGUGAUACCAGACAUCAGAAUAAAAAGAAAUUGAAGUACCUGUUUUCAAAUGGAUACUUUAUAGGAAUUUUGGUAAAGAUUUGGUGAUGGGAGGGUGACUUGAGGUUUGUGGAUAUUAGUUAAUUAUUCAGUAUGAUACCUCACCCAGCUAAUUUAGAUUUUUCUAUAUUCGGUUUUGCUUUCACUGACAAUUAAUAUCCUGGAGGAUCAGAAGACUUGUCUAUUUCUGCUGAGUCACUGGCCUCAGAAAAAUAAUAACCAUAAUUUCCCCCAAGGUUUUCUUUACCUAAGUGUGAAUAUUUUUUCUUCCUCCAAAAGCUCACUUUUGGGUUUAGAUUAAAUUUUUGUAUUUUAGCACCUUUUUCUUUUAGGGGUUCAAUGAUGACAAAAGAAAUGACAUGAGAACACGGCUACCCAUAACAUACCAUUAUCUUUGUACCAAAAAAAUCCUUGUUUCCUUCUUAAUGACUCUGGUACCUUAGAAACUGGGACCCUGCUAAGUCCUUGACUAGGCUAUCUACCAGCUCCUGGUCGGAUUAAAGAAAAAACACACUUUGUGUUUUUUAAUCACCAAGCCACCCUGCAGAGAUAUCUUCUUCUUGCAACUUCACAUCUUUACCAGUAAUGUCUUUUUUUCUUUAAAAAUUCAAGUUUUAGGAACAGCAUUUUCAUGUAAAAACUUGAUUUGUGUUUUUUCCAGACUGAAUACUUUUCCUCCCUAACUCACAUGGUCUCAUUGCACGCAACGCCUGAUUGAGCUUCUGUUUGACUAAAUAUCACCUACUAUGUAAAAAAUGAGCAUAUUGGCCUCUUUUCUAGCAUCUAAUAAAGGCUUAAUACGCUGUACUCUUUUGAAACCAUAUGAUUCCAGUCCAACUAUUAGCCUUGAUUUCUAACUGAUGUUCUUUUCAUGAGAAUAACUGAUUAUUGUGUGAUCUUUGAAAAUGUAAUAGCAGCACUAAAUUAUAAAUCCUUAAAAAACACACAUACACAUGCAACCAAAACCAACAAAAGGCUGAAAGAAACAGAAAAUAUCUAGUCAAUUUAAGUAGCUGUGACAGGCAAGAUUUUAUGGUUUGCUUUGUUUUCUUUUACUUUUUAUUUCCUCUUUAUUCUUUAAGUCUUUACAUGAGAACCCCUUUUCCGCAUUGGUUCAUUCUGAAGCAGGAAUUCCAAACUUUCCUGUUUGGAACCUGACAGGGUUUCUGUAGCUAGAGGCCAUAUGCUAGCAACAAGGAAAACACCAGGCUUUACAUGCCUGGCAGCUUUCUACUUUGUGAACCAGGUAAGCUGUAACUGUUUCCCAGACUUUCAUCCCUGCAUAUCGUUGGGAUACAGUUGGUUACUGUGGUUAGAUGCAGCAAAAGACAGAUGCACAGGUGCCAGCUCAUCCUCACUUUUGCUGGUGGUGGUUGCUGUCAGCCUGCGGAUUGCCACCACUGUCCCUUCCUUAGUGUUUUCUAAAUCUCUUUUUCCUGACUGUUGGCUCUGAUGCACACUGAUGAUUCCAGGCCCACCACCAGACACAGACGCAGCAUCCUUCCAUAGAUAGACUUUCCUGCCUGCUCCACUGGACGCUCCUUUCCACUUGGGAAGUGGGGAGUGCUUGACUUCAUGGGUUUCCCUGCCAACUCCAACCUGUCCAUGCAUCCCAUUGCAUCGGAGUGCCAAUCAGUGACUUUGUUCUAAUCCUCCAAAUCCCCUUCCUGUACCUUAUUUUCCCAGCUCUUCUUGCAAUUAUGUAAGGUUUAAUUUCUAUAAUAAAUUACUUUUAUUACAUAGUACUCAAUGAUUUGCUUCCUUGAUUGAACUCUGAUACAACAGGCUAAUUCAACCAAAUAUUCAAGGUACACAUAAUUCUCAUAUUAUACAAAUUCUUCUAUAUAAUAGAAAAAAGAAAACACUCCUCACCUCAUUUUAUGGAGUAUUGUCCUUAUUUCUAUAGUAGACAAGUAUAGCACAAGAAAGAAAGAUUACAGGUCAAACUCAAUUACAAAUAUAGAUGCAAAAAGUCUAAACAAAAUAUUAAAAAAUGGCCUUGGCAGCAUAUCGGAAAAAUAACGUUUCAUGGCCAAUUG